AUGCUCGUGUGGAAACUGUGGGUUGAAGGGAGAGCAAUAGAAGUAUCUGAGGAAGAUUUGUUGGAAGAGACAUGUGUCGUCUCAGAGGUUUGGAGAUGUAUACAUGUGGCUUUGCUUUGUGUACAACAGAAACCAGAAGACAGACCAAACAUGGCUUCUGUUGUCUUGAUGUUUAGGAGUGAUGGUUCUUUCCCUCACCCGAAACAGCCCGAAUCUUUAAUGGAGUUAUAUCACUGA